GUUGUAGUGUGUGAAAACAGCUCAAAACACUCACAAUUAUAUAAAUUUAACGUUUUAAAGUUUAGUGAUGUAAUUACAACUUACGACCAAUAUUUAACCAUUAGGUUCAAUUAGAAUUGGGUUACAAAAUAAUAAUAAUAAAUAAAGUAGAGCGUGGGCAGUAAAAAAAAGCUUGUAAACUAAUCAGAGAAAUUAUUCAUAAAUUCAACCCAUCUUUUUCUAGAUAAAAAUUCAUUAGUAGUUUUUUAAUAAAAAAAUCCCAAUAAAAGAACAUUGAUAAUGUACAAAAAAAAUCCAUAAUCACACAAUCAAAUUCCAUUAUUUAAUUAAAUAAAUUUAUCUAUCAAAUUCCAUUAACUAAAUAAAUUUAACUGUGGCAAUGUUCGUCGACGUUUUAUCGACGUCUAACGUAACUGCCCGACCGAUCAUGGAGGAGUAACUGUCUUGCAUGAAGCAACGGCUAUUUCUUCAACUUAACCAAAUUUCAAAUCCCCAUUCCCAUUUUUAAACCCAAAAACGUCUAACCAAAUUUCUCCCUCUGCUCAAAACUCUCCCAAAAUUCAAAUUUCUUCUGAAUUUCUGAAACCACCCACCCAUUCAAGAACAUACUCAAAUCGGCGAAGAUGAACGACUUGAUGACGAAAUCGUUCUUAAGUUAUGUAGAACUGAAGAAACAGGCGCAGAGGGAAGCUGUAGGCGGUGGCGGCCACGGCUUCGACAUUGAAUCCGGUGGCCAAAAACUGAAUCCGACGGAAGAACAGAACCUGUCUCUGUUUUUCGAAAAAGUCGAUGAAAUCAAGACCCAAAUGGAAGAGACAACCAAUCUCUUAGUUGACAUUCAGAAACUAAAUCAAGAAGCCAAAUCAACCCACAACGCCAAAAUCCUCCGUGGAUUAAGAGACAGAAUCGACUCCGAUAUGGUUUCAACCCUCCGCAGAGCAAGAAUCCUCAAAGAAAAAUUGGCCUCUCUCGACCAAUCCAACACCGCCAACCGCCUGAUCUCCGUCGCGUACGGCGAAGGAACCAUCGUGGACAGGACAAGAACUUCAAUCACGAACGGAUUGAGAGUGAAAUUGAGAGAAAUGAUGAACGAGUUUCAGGGGUUGAGAGAAAAAGUUGUGGCGGAUCAUAAGGAAGAUCUGAGAAGAAGGUAUUUUAGUGCAACUGGGGAACAACCCAGUGAAGAACAAGUGGAGAAGAUUAUGUCUGGGAGUUUGAAAUUGGAAAUGUUAGGAGGGAAAUUGAGUGAGACCGAGUCAGAGGAUCGAGUGAGGCACGAGUCAGUGAUGGAUAUACAGAGGAGUUUGAAUAAGCUUCAUCAGGUGUUUUUGGAUAUGGCGAUUUUGGUUGAGAGUGAAGGGGAAAAAAUCGAGGAUAUUGAAGAGAAUGUGGCGAAAGCUGGGCAGUUCAUCAAUGGUGGAACUCGAAGCCUUUAUUAUGCGAAGCAGAUGAAGAGGAAGAACAAGAAAUGGGUGUAUUGGGUUUGGGCUAUCAUUUUUGUUAUAUUGCUUGUUUGCAUUGUUUCAAUGUUGGUUUGUUGAAUUUUUUUUCUUUCAACUUUUCCUAGACUCAUAAAUUGAGGAUUUUGUAAUGAAACUUUUUCCUUUUCUUUUUCCCUUUCUCUCCAUAAACAAUAUGUAUAGAUUCAUAUUUUGUAAUGGAAGAUUUAAACCUUAAUCA